CAGCCACAGGGUUAACAAGCUCAGUACAAAGUCAAACAUUUUUAUUAGAAAAGAAAGUUAAUGAGAGUGGCAUUUUUGUAAAUUCAAAUAAAAUAUUCUUAAAAUCAUCUAUCUUCCUAAUCGGCCCGAUUCUCAAGGCAGCACCUCCAACAACUCUCACUUCCCUUCUAUCCUCACUAUUUGCCCUUUCUCUGUCUUUCGCAAUGUCAGCAGCCGCCACUCGCCUCCGACGUCUUGCCACCGCCGCUACCGCAGCAGUAGCAGUUACAGCCUGCGGUGGCGCAAUCCUCUUAACUCCCUCUGUUGCUUCCAAUGACCCUGCAGGUGGCUCCGCCACCAUACAGUCCGUAAGGCGGACGAUUAAUAACCCAAGCGCCGUCGUUCCGUCCCGCACUGUCCAGGAAUCGUCUCUGAUCAGUGCUACCUCCGCUAAUCCAGUCGACAUACUAGUCGUCGGCGGUGGUGCCACAGGCUGCGGCGUUGCUCUGGACGCCGCCACUAGAGGCCUCCGAGUCGGCCUCGUGGAGCGAGAGGAUUUUUCCUCUGGAACGUCUUCACGGUCCACGAAGCUAAUUCAUGGAGGAGUCCGCUACUUGGAGAAAGCUCUCUUUAACCUUGACCGUGGGCAAUUGAAACUGGUUUUCCAUGCACUUGAGGAGCGUAAACAGGUUAUUGAGAAUGCUCCUCAUCUCUGCCAUGCAUUGCCAUGCAUGACACCCUGUUUUAACUGGUUUGAAGUGGUAUACUAUUGGAUGGGCUUGAAAAUGUACGAUUUGGUCGCAGGACGACAUCUGUUACAUUUAUCCAGAUAUUAUUCUGCUCAAGAAUCUGUUGAGCUCUUCCCUACUCUUGCAAGGAAGGGUAACGAUAAAAGCUUGAGGGGCACAGUUGUCUACUAUGAUGGUCAGAUGAAUGACUCACGCCUAAAUGUUGGAUUAGCUUGCACUGCUGCUCUUGCUGGGGCAGCAGUGCUUAACCAUGCAGAGGUUGUAUCCUUUCUUAAAGAUGAAGAUACUCAGCGGAUAAUUGGUGCAAGAAUUCGUGACAAUCUGUCAGGCCAAGAGUUUGACACCUAUGCAAAAGUUGUUGUGAAUGCGGCUGGACCAUUUUGUGACUCUUUAAGGAAAAUGGCUAACAAAGAUGCACAGCCUAUGAUAUGCCCUAGCAGUGGUGUACAUAUUAUUCUCCCUGAUUACUAUUCUCCUGAAGGAAUGGGCUUGAUUGUCCCUAAAACUAAGGAUGGACGUGUUGUUUUCAUGCUUCCAUGGUUAGGGAGAACUGUAGCUGGCACUACAGAUUCUAAUGCUUCCAUCACUCCACUUCCUGAACCACAUGAGGAUGAAAUUCAAUUUAUACUUGAUGCAAUCUGUGAUUACCUUAAUGUCAAGGUACGACGUUCAGAUGUUCUUUCUGCUUGGAGUGGCAUUCGUCCAUUGGCAGUAGAUCCUAAUGCAAAGAAUACUGAGAGUAUCUCUAGAGAUCAUGUUGUUUCUGAGGAUUAUCCUGGUUUGGUCACAAUCACUGGUGGAAAGUGGACUACUUAUCGAAGCAUGGCAGAAGAUGCGGUUAAUGCAGCUAUCAAGUCUGGUAAACUGAGCCCAGGCAAUGAAUGUAUAACAAGCAACCUGCGGCUCAUUGGUGGAGAUGGAUGGGAACCCUCAUUUUUUACUGUUCUUGCUCAGCAGUAUGUACGCAUGAAGAAGUCAUAUGGUGGUAAAGUUGUUCCUGGGUUGAUGGACACAGCUGCUGCAAAGCAUUUGUCUCAUGCAUAUGGCACCUUAGCAGAACGAGUAGCCACCAUAGCUCAGAAUGAAGCUUUGGGUAAGAGGCUUGCCCAUGGGUACCCUUGUCUGGAGGCCGAGGUUGCGUACUGUGCUCGAAACGAGUACUGUGAAUCUGCUGUUGAUUUCAUUGCCAGGAGAUCUCGUCUUGCUUUCCUUGACACUGAUGCAGCAGGCCGUGCGUUGCCACGGAUUAUCCAAAUACUUUCUACCGAGCACAAUUGGGACAGGUCAAGGCAGAAGGAAGAAAUGAAGAAGGCUAAAGAAUUUUUGGAAACUUUCAAGUCUUCAAAGAAUGCACAGUUCCAUGAUGGGAAGCAUCAGUAGGUCUUGAAAUCAAUGACAGGAAUUUUGGAGCGCAAGACUCUUUAACAUUUUGUCCGGCAGGUUUCCAAUGUUUCUGCUUCAUUCGGCAGAGCAAGCGUGAUUGAAUCGAACUUGAUUUUAUUGAGCUUGCUUUACAUCACUAAUAAUACAACUUUUUAAACAGAUUGCCGGUCCCCAGGACACUUUAGCAACAUGUCCGACCUGUGUUGAAGGUUGAGGACAGGUUCCCCGUUCCUGGUUUUCCACCCCCUGCCUUUCGAACAUUUCCCUCUCUAUACAUGAUUACAAAGUGUUGGUGUCCAAUUCUUACUUGUUUCAAAAGAUAUAAAAGAAAAUUUUAGUUAUUUUCUUAGU